AUGCUCUCCCUGGCCCAGUUUGGGGCGCUGUCGGCUCUGGCCGCUGCGCUCACCUCCGUGCUGUCUGCCCUGCUGCUGCUGGCGCUCACCCGGCAGCUGUGGAGCCUCCGCUGGAGCCUGACGCGGGACAAAGACAGCAGCCUGCCUCUGCCCAAAGGCUCCAUGGGCUGGCCGCUGGUCGGGGAGACCUUCCACUGGCUGUUCCAGGGCUCCAACUUCCACAUCUCACGCCGAGAGCGCCAUGGCAACGUGUUUAAGACCCACCUGCUGGGGAAACCCGUCAUCCGGGUCACAGGUGCCGAAAACAUCCGUAAGAUCCUGCUGGGCGAGCACAGCCUGGUGUGCACCCAGUGGCCCCAGAGCACCCGCAUCAUCCUGGGGCCCAACACCCUGGUCAACUCCAUCGGGGAUCUGCACAAGAGGAAGAGGAAGAUCCUGGCCAAAGUGUUUAGCCGGGGGGCUCUGGAGUCCUACCUGCCUCGGCUGCAGGACGUGGUCAAGUCUGAAAUUGCCAAGUGGUGCUCGGAGCCCGGCGCGGUCGACGUUUACAGCGCCGCCAAGUCCCUGACGUUCCGCAUCGCAGUCAGAGUGCUGCUGGGUCUGCAGCUGGAGGAGGAGAGGAUUGUCUACCUGGCUCAGAUCUUUGAGCAGCUGAUGAAUAAUCUGUUCUCGCUGCCUAUAGACGCUCCACUCAGCGGGCUACGCAAGGGGAUAAAAGCCAGAGAGAUUUUACACGCCAAUAUGGAGAAAAUCAUUGAGGAAAAGAUGGAGCGGCAGCAGUCGGAUGACGAAUAUCACGACGCCUUUGACAACAUGCUGUCCAGCGCCAAAGAGCACGGCCAGGAGCUCAGCAUCCAGGAGCUCAAGGAAACAGCAGUGGAGUUGAUCUUCGCUGCUCACUCCACCACAGCCAGCGCCUCCACCUCGCUGGUGCUGCAGCUUCUUCGCCACCCGGCCGUGGUGGAGAAGGCCAGAGCUGAGCUGGAGGCCGAGGGUCUCGGCUACGAACCGAGCCGAGGCCCGUCUGGUGUCACGGUGCAGAAAGAGGAGGAGGACGCUGCCGACACGGAGAACUCCUACCUGCUGAACGGAGGCUGUCACAAUCACCACAGUCACAGAGACCAGAGCGCUUUCCCACCAUCCCAGUCUCACGUACCGUACCUGAGUCUGGACAAGCUGAGUCGGCUCCGUUACAUAGACUGUGUAGUCAAAGAGGUGCUCCGCUUCCUGCCGCCAGUCUCUGGUGGUUACCGGACGGCCCUGCAGACAUUUGAAUUAGACGGCUACCAGAUCCCUAAAGGCUGGAGCGUCAUGUACAGCAUCAGGGACACACACGAGACAGCUGCGGUCUUCCAGAGUCCGGAGCUGUUCAACCCGGACCGGUUCGGCCCGGACCACGAAGAGAGCCGGUCGUCUCGGUUCAGCUAUGUGCCGUUCGGCGGAGGCGUGCGGAGCUGCGUGGGGAAAGAACUGGCACAGAUCAUCCUAAAGACUCUGGCGGUGGAGGUGAUGGAGACGUGCAGGUGGACUCUAGCUACAGAGAACUUCCCCAAGAUGCAGACGGUUCCCAUCGUGCACCCGGUCAACGGGCUGCACGUGCAUUUCUCUUACAGAUACCCACUUUAG